CUCUCACACUUCUUAAGUAAUAAAGCAAAACGGAGUAGUUUUGGGCAUGGCGACGACGCUGCUAAACUCCUAAAACCCUAACCCUAAAACCCCAAUCUACGCCCACCGAUCUUUCGUGAUCCCACAACGCCAUGAACGUCGAUCGCGACCAAUCUCACCUCACUACGAAGGUCCAGACCCUUCAAACCCUAACCGCUGGCCCUCUUUCCUCCUCGAUCGCCAAGCUCUCCGCUUCCUCACGCUGUAUUCCUUCCGACAAGGACUUUCACUUCUACCGCAACUUCGACGAAUUCAAGGUCCCGAUCGCCGAUAUCGCCAGGGAAUCGCGGUCGAUUCUUGAAGCCAUCGGUGCCUCCGGGAGCAUUUGGGGCAGGGAGGCGGCAACAGCGACGGCAGGGGCGUUCCCCGCCGACAUGGACGACGCGUACGACUGGCUGGUGAGCGUUAACGACGACAUUUUGGAACGGUUUGACGUGUUGGCGGACGAGUGCAGGAGGGUUCGUCAGCAGCAGGAGGAGGCUGGGCGUCCGGCGAGUUCUGCAGCGGUGAUGGAGGGUUCUGACGACGGCUUUCAGUUGGUUUGUGGGAAGAAAAAGAGAGGGGGAAGUCGUUUGGGGUCUCUGGGGAAUGUGACCAUGGAUUCAGAGACGAGUUUGGCGGCGUCGGCCGUUAAGGUAGCAACGAAGGACAAGAAGACAGCGGGGCCGAAGCCAAAGGUUCCGUUUCACAUACCAACAAUUCGGAGGCCUCAGGAAGAGUUUAACAUACUGGUUAACAAUUCAAACAUGCCUUUUGAGCAUGUUUGGUUGGAGAGGAGUGAUGAUGGUCUGAAGUUUAUUCAUCCACUGGAAAAGCUCAAUGUUUUGGACUUUGUUGACAAAGAUCUUGGUAAUCUUGUGCCAGUGAAACCUUCCUCCCUAGAUAGCACCCCCUUCAAUCUAGUGGAUGACGUCAAAGGUUUGAAGGAGUUGGCUGCUAAGCUGCGUUCUGUUGAUGAAUUUGCGGUUGAUUUGGAGCACAAUCAAUAUCGAUCAUUCCAAGGGUUGACCUGUCUGAUGCAAAUCUCAACAAGAUCUGAAGAUUUUGUUAUAGACACUUUGAAACUCCGUAUUCAUGUUGGACCCUAUCUAAGGGAAAUCUUCAAGGAUCCUUCGAAGAGGAAGGUCAUGCAUGGUGCUGAUCGAGAUAUUGUGUGGCUCCAACGAGAUUUUGGCAUUUACAUUUGUAAUUUAUUUGACACUGGCCAGGCUUCAAAGGUGUUAAAAUUGGAGAGAAAUAGUUUGGAGUAUCUUCUGCAUCACUUCUGUGAGGUUACUGCAAACAAAGAAUAUCAGAAUGCAGAUUGGAGGUUACGCCCUCUUCCUAAUGAGAUGCAAAGAUAUGCAAGAGAAGAUACACACUAUCUGCUGUAUAUCUAUGAUUUGAUGAGGAUUAAGCUAUUUUCGAUGCCUAAGGAGUCUGAAAGUUCUGAUACACCUCUGGUAGAGGUGUACAAGCGCAGUUAUGAUGUCUGCAUGCAGCUAUAUGAGAAAGAACUUUUGACAGAGAACUCCUACCUCCACAUAUAUGGGUUGCAAGGCGCUGAUUUUAAUGCUCAACAGCUUGCCAUUGUUUCAGGCCUUUGUGAAUGGCGGGACCUUGUUGCCCGGGCAGAGGAUGAGAGUACUGGAUAUGUAUUGCCAAAUAAAUCUCUUCUUGAAAUUGCUAAACAGAUGCCUCUCACUACAAGCAAGCUGCGGCGAUUGGUAAAGUCAAAGCAUCCAUACAUUGAACACAAUCUUGAUACUGUUGUUAGCAUAAUUAGGAAUUCCCUUCAAAAUGCUGCUGCCUUCGAAGAAGCUGCCCAACAAUUGAAACAACUUGCUGCUUCUGCAUCAGAAGUUGUAAAUGUCAAAGGUGGAAGUGAAGAUGCCCAGCAACACACACAAAACUCAAAGGAAACUAUCCAGCAACAGGGUACAAACGUUCUUGUAAAAGUCAAGCCCGCAAGCCACCCUUCAGAGCCCCCAAGGGACAGUCUUACUAUUGCAGAGCAGCAUAAGGAUGGAAAUGGUAGCAGAUUCGCAAUCACAAAGGGAAAUGGUGCCACUGUUCAAGUGCUAAAAAAGCCUACUGGCGCUUUUGGAGCACUGCUGGGAAAUUUAGCUUCAAAGAGGAAGCUUGAUCCUGAUAAGGGCAAGGAAGAUACCAAGCUGGAGCAGAUUAAAUCUUCAGUUAAUCUUCCUUUCCAUUCAUUUUCGGGCAGAAAUGAGAAGCCAAAUCCUGUGGUAGAACCUCCUACUGUAGCAUCUGAAACAUCUGACUUACAGAAACCUAUUUUAGAACCAGUUUCCACCUCCAGUCUAGAAGAGAUCAUAAUGCUAGAGUCCGGUGCGGGUGAAGAAAAUACAGAGCAGAAUGACCAAGAAAAUUCUAACGAACACAGGGAGAAAAACUCCAGCGCGUCCACUUCAGGAGAAGAGGACGACAACAAUGAGCCAUCUUCUCUCUCAGAAUUGUCAUCAAGCUUUCAAAAGUGCUUUCAGUCAAACAAUAAACAGAGUAAAACCAAACAACCCAAGAAACUAGAUCAACCCGGUGGCUUGUUGAAGCUGAAGCCGUUUGACUAUGAAGAGGCUAGAAAACAUAUCAAGUUUGGGGAAAAGACAAAUCAUUCAUCUCCGGAGAAUGAUGAUAGCCAUAGAGAGCAAGAUGACUCAGGUAGCAAGAAGAAACGUUCAACGGGACAGGGACAGGGGCAAACAAGUGAUUCGGCAAAACAAUUGCCGCAAGGUAGAAGACGCCAGGCAUUUCCAGCUUCUGGGAAUCGUAGUGCAACUUUCCGCUAUGAUUCAUGAAUGCUAUGUACAAAGUAAAUUGGAAACCAAAAUGUUGCAUUUAAGAAUCACGUCUUGUCCCUUAAUUUUACGUGUUUCAUUUACAAGAAUGAGAAUUUUUUGAA